CCGCCAAAAGGGCAACCGGAGGGGCGCCAGAACAAUAGUCGGGCAUUGUGCCCGCCCUCGACCGUGCUGGCUAUAAAUGCCCGACGGCGGUCAGCAAAGUUCAACAGUCAGCCAGCACAAGGUGUCCAGUCAAGUGCAGAUUCAGGCAGCAGCAGCAGAGCAACAUUCGUGGAUAAACCCAGCCUCGACUCCGGAAACAACAUGAAGAUCUAUGCUCUAACAUUGCCCGUGCUACUGGCGGCCACUCUGGUGGCACCCGGCGAGGCGACCUUCAGCAAGCUGGGCCUGGUGCUGGGCGGCGCUGGUGGCGGCUAUGGCGCUGCCUAUCCAUAUGCGGGCGCCGGCUACGGUGGCGGCUACGGCGGUGGCUACGGCGGCGGCUACGGCGGUGGUUACGGCGGCGGUUACGGCGGCGGCGGCUACGGCUAUGGCAAUGAGAAUGUGGUCAAGGUGAUCAAGGUAUCGGUGCUGCCCAGCGGUGGCUAUGGAGGCGCAGGCUAUGGCUCUGGUUAUGGCGGCGGCUUUGGAAGCGGCUUUGGAGGCGGACUUGGAGGCGGACUUGGCGGCGGCUAUGGCGGCGGGCUUGGCGGCGGCUAUGGCGCUGGUUACAGCAGCGGUGGCUUUGUUGGCGCUGCGCCAGCCAUAUCCACAUCGGCGGUGGUCACGCCCGUGGUCACGUCCGUGGCCACGCCGGUCAUUGCCGGCGGCGCUGGCUAUGUGGGCGGCGGCGGCGGCUUUGGCGGUGGCUAUGGAGGCGGCGUCCCUCUGACCGCUUCCUAUGGCUUUGGCUCUGGCUACGGUGCCGGCGGCGGCUUUGGACUUGGAUUUGGUGCGCCUGCUGCUGCCUUGGGCGGCGGUGGCGGCUGGUGCUAGAA